AUGUUUGUGAACUGCAACAUAGUGCCAGUUCUUUCCCUCUUGUUCAUCUCGGUCGCUUUUCCGAAAUUGCACCAGCUCCUGCUCAGUUACCUUGCAGAACCUGCCUGGUUGACGCUGGUGUAUUGGGGACAUAGGAUCGGUGGACUCACCCCGAUCUUCACUGGAGAGGUAGAUAAUCUUCUGAAAAAUUAUCGUGGAAGCAAAGUUCUCAUAUCGAACCAUGCAUCCUUCACCGAUUCUUUCUUAAUCUUUGCUGUUGGUAUCCUUUCGGGAGACGUUGGAAAGAUACGGGCAUUCGCCAAGAAAUCUCUCGGGAUCUAUCUACCUGUCAUGGGAUGGUUCUGGAAGUUUCUGAACUUUGUGUUUCUUGAGAGAAAAUUUGACAAGGACAAGGCAAAUAUUAUAAAGCAGCUCAAAGCCCUUGCGGAGAAGUCGAAGCAACACAAAUCUGGCUCGUUUUGGAUUGUUAUCUUCCCAGAGGGCACCCGACUUCGUCCGCAGAAGCUGAAAGAGUCACAGGAAUACGCGAAAGAGAAGAAUCUGACAGUAUUUCAGAAUGUCCUCGUGCCCAGGAUCAAAGGGUUUCAAAUCACUCUCAACACUCUGCGAGAGGAUGUGGACGGAGUCGUAGACCUCACCAUUGGAUACCCGCAACUCGAGGACGACAAGAGAGUGCAGAAGGGAAAGAUCCGUCCUUCUGUUCAGGAUCUGCUGUUUGGUGGGGGGAAGAAAUGGCAUGUGCAUGUGCAUGUCCGUGUGAUUCCUGUGAAGGAGAUCCCGGAGGAGACUGAAGCAGUGCAAGAUUGGAUGAUGAAGGUGUUUGAGGAGAAGGACAAGCUUCUCACUCACUUCAAGCAGCACGGUCAUUUCCCUGGCGAAGUCUACAAGUACAAGAGUAUCUCCAUGUUUCAGGUUCUGGCGAAUUUCUUUGGAUUUGGCCUCGUUGCUGUUUCUGUUAUGUACUUCCUGUCUGUUGGACUCCUGCCGACAAUCGGCGGCUUGCUGCGCCUCGUCUGGUCGAAGUGA